AUGCUCGAGCAGCACAUAAAACGCCAAAAUUUUGACUUUCCACCUCAAAUCGACACCAUGAAAAGUAGUAUUCUGGUAGGUGUCACCUUCGAAGUAUCCUCCGACCUCACAACCUUCAGAUCUUCCUCCUCUUCCUGACCGCCCUGGCCGCCUCGACGAAAUCCUUCACAAACUGCCAGACGAGCGCCGACUGUCCGUACCGACAAUUCUGCGGACAGCUUCACGUGUGCAUGCCGAUCCGUCAAUUCUUCCCGAGCCACUGCACACAAAACUCGGACUGCACCGAGCACCGACACUAUUGUCAGAAGGGCCGUUGCCGCCGAAUAAUCGGCACGUUUCCCCUGUCGAGAGACUUUGUCGCGCCGCCGCCGUCGGAGACUUCUAUUUCUAAAACAAUUGUUUGAAUAAACUCCUUCCAGCGCAUUUAUCUGUGUUGCUUACUUGUGCAAUCGGGUAAAACCUGAUGAAAAAGUAGAAAAAAAAGGCAUUUUACUACUCCAUCAACUUUUUGAAAUUUUUUGAAGGCCUUCCGGCGAACGGCUAUCCAGAAAACGGAAAAAAAGACGAAAUCAUUCGAGAUAGAUUAAAAAAAUCGAAAAAUUGAUGUUUAUUCCUGUAAAAAAAGAAGUCUCCUAUAAUUUUUCAGCAUUUUUUAAAGCAAUUUCCCGGCUUUUUCCUCGCUUUCAAUUCGAAUUCUAGCGUCUCGCGCCGAGUGAGAGACGCAGACGCGCGACGGGUCUCGCCACGAAAAGGCGCCUUGCAGUUCGGUCGUCGGCGGCCGCGGGUACUGUAGAAACGGCGGUUGACGGAGGAGAAAAUGCGCCGUUCACUCGCCAACCGCCGCCGUCUCGCUGUCAUUUUGAGACAUUCAAAAGUUGACAUAAAUAUGCCAAUUUCUGCUCGUUUUUCUUGUAGAAAUCUAAACUUUAUCGCGAUUUGUCUGCUGUUUUCCUAUCAAAUUAAAUUAAAACUAGAUUUUUUGCAGUAAUGAAGCUGCCGACCGUCUUUCUUCUAGCCGCCCUCGGAUUCUGCGCUGUUUACGGUGAGUUUUGGGCAGAAAAAUCGUAAAAUCAACCCAAUUUUUACAGCCGCCGACGUCGUCGACGGAGAAGUGGCCGACGACGCGCAAAAGGCCGCGCAGGAGGAGGACGAUUUGACGAUCGGAGCCUCUCCGGACGCCGAACUCGCAUUCCACUUUGUUCAGCCCGUCGACGCCAACGUUCUCCACGAAUUCUACGCCGGAAAGCCCGUGCGAUUCUUGAUCGGAUUCCAGAACAAGGGAGAGAAGGAUUUCACCGUCAAGUACUCGGAGACCUCGUUCCGCUUCCCGACCGACUAUAACUACAAUCUUCAGAACGUAAUAAUCCCACAAAAUUUUGGAAAACUAUCGAUUUUUUCCUAUUUUUCAGUUCACGCGCGGAGAGUACAACCGUAAAGUGGCGCCAAAGGAGGAAGUCACCCUCGAUUACGGAUUCCUCACGCACGAGUCGUACGCCGGACGUCCAGUCGGACUCGUCGUCAACGUGCAUUAUGCUGACGCCGACGGAAACGUUUUUGUGAACAAUGUCUUCAACCAGACGGUCAACAUUCUCGAGGACGACUCUGGCUUCUCCGGCGAGACCGGAUUCCUGUUCAUCUUCUUCGUCGCGCUCGCUAUCGGCGGCCUCUACAUCGCUAAUCAGUUCCUGUCGAAGCUGUCGCGCAAAUCCGGACUCUCGAAGCGUCGUGUCGUCGAGCAGGGCACCUCGUCGGAGGUCGAUUUCGAGUGGAUUCCCCGCGAUGCCGUCAAGAACAAGGAGAAGAGAUCGCCGGCGGCUGGAAGCCCGAAGGCCCGCAAGAACGCGAAGAAGGCCGAUUAG